AUGUCAAAUAACUCAAAAAGUGGAGAGUAUAAAUUUACUAAAUAUUCUAAAGUUUAUGCAGAUUAUCUUGAUUCUGUUGAACCGGGAAAUAGUUAUGCAAAUCAGUCUGGUUUUAUUCUUAAUGAUUUUUCAAUGUUAGAUGAUUUAUCAGCAAAAAAUGUUGGUUUAAUUGAAAUUUCAGAUGCAAGAAAGAAAAGUUUAAGAGAAUUAUAUGACUUAUUAGAUAUGGAUAAUGAUGGAAAAUUAGAUUAUGAUGAUUUAACACAAGCUUUAACAUCAAAAAUAUUUCAUGUACCAUCUAAAUUUGCACCGGCAUUAUGGGAUAGAAUAACUGAUGGAAAUAAUGAUCAAAAUAUUGUUGAUUUUAAUGAAUUUUCAAUGUAUAUUGUUCAACAUGAAAAUAAAUUAGAGGAAGUUUUUAAUGAAUUAGACAAAAAUAAUGAUGGAAUGAUUGAUGUACAUGAAAUUAAAGGAUUUUGUAAUUCAUCUGGUAUUGAUAUUAAUGAUAAAAGUGUUAACAGUAUAAUUAAUUUAAUGUCAAAAUCUGGUAAAGAUUCAAUUAGUAAAAAAGAUUUUAUUAAUUUUAUGACAUUAUAUCCAUGUAGUGAACCAAAAGAUAUAAUAAAUUUAUUUAAACAUAAUCUUAUAAUAGAUAUAGGUGAAGAUGGUAUUAUACCAGAAGAUUUUAGUGAAAUAGAAAUAAAAACAGGUGUUUGGUGGAGGCAUCUUGUAGCUGGUGGAAUAGCAGGAUGUUUUAGUAGAACAGCAACAGCACCAUUGGAUAGAUUGAAAGUAUUUAUGCAAGUUCAUGCAACAAUGCAAAAUAAAAUUAAUUUAAGAACUGCUUUAACAUUACUUUAUAAUGAAGGAGGUUUUCUUGGUUUAUGGAGAGGUAAUGGAAUUAAUGUUACAAAAAUAGCACCUGAAUCAGCAACAAAAUUUAUGGUAUAUGAACAAAUGAAAAAAUUUAUACAAAAAUUAAAAGGUCAUGAUGAAUUAACAAUAUAUGAAAGACUUAUAGCUGGUUCAACUGCUGGAGCAGUUUCUCAAACAUUAAUUUAUCCUAUGGAAGUUUUAAAAACUAGAUUGGCAUUAAGAAGGACGGGUCAACUUGAAAAUGGUUUGGUUAACUUUUCAAUUCAAAUGUAUAAAACUGAAGGGUUACGUGCAUUUUAUAAAGGGUAUAUUCCUAAUUUACUUGGUAUUAUACCAUAUGCUGAAAGAUUUCCUGAAAAUAAAGAACCUGGUGUUUUUGCAUUAUUAGCUUGUGGUACAUGUAGUAGUAUUUGUGGACAAUUAGCUAGUUAUCCUUUAGCAUUAGUUAGGACACGCCUUCAAGCUAGAAAACUAACCGAUCUUGAACAUCCACAGACAAUGGUUGGACAGUUUCGUCAUAUUCUAAAAAAUGAAGGAAUUACUGGUUUAUAUCGAGGAUUAACACCAAAUUUUAUUAAAGUGAUCCCUGCAGUAGGUAUAAGUUAUAUUACUUAUGAAAAAGUACGAAAAUAUUUAGGAGCAAAUAGAGAAAACAUUGGAUCAUAUGAUAUUAAAGAUUCAGAAACAUGUUUUAAUUUUAAAGCUAACUAUUUGAAUGAAAAUAAGAAAUAUUUUAUAAAAUAA